AUGGAGCCAUACCAGUAUUCUCCCCAUUACAAUUGCCGGCACGUUUCGGCUCUGCCGUAUGACGCUCUCUCUUACCACUGGGGUGUCGGAGGCGAUGAAAAGCCAGACCGUCCGAUAAACGUCUCGACGCCAACAGGCUCCCGCCGUCUUUUCAUCUACGAGCCACUGGAGACGGCCAUUCUCGAACUCGCAGCCGCAGGUUUCACCCAACGCGCCAUCUUCAUCGACCAGAUAUGCAUCGAUCAGCGCAGCCCUGCCGACAAGGCGUGUCAGGUCCCGCUCAUGGGCGAGAUCUACACACGCAGCACUCGCGUCGUCGUACGCCUCGGCCCCUCAACGCCCGCCUCAGACGACUACUUCCGCUUCGUCCGUCAAAUCAACGCAGCGUCUCCGCUAGGUCGCAUCGCGAAUCCCGAGUUCCCGCUGGCGAGCGCGAUCGACGUCCAGAGUCGUUCGUGGUUCAGCCGCCUCUGGGUCAUCCAGGAGUUCUGCCUCGUGCGCGACGCCGUUCUCCUCUGCGGCGGAGAAGUCGUCUGCGUCACGUGUCUGCGCGCGGCCAUGCUCUUCUUCGUCGUGCACAACGUGUGGUGGUUGAGGAACAUCAAGGGAGACGUCCCCGUGUCCACGAUCAAGCAGCGGGAACGCGUCUUCCAGCUGAACGCCGCCGUCAUACGUCUGUUCCAGGAGCGGAGGGCCAUACACACCGGGGAUGGCAAGCGCGAUCUGUAUGACGUUGUCCUCAAGUACAACAUCGACAAGGAGGGCAACAAGAUUGGGGCGACCAUGCCGGAGGACAGAAUCUUCGGGCUCAUGGGAUUGGCGAGAGACGACGCGUACUGGCGGCAAGUGCGGCCGGUGUUCAGUGCCGGGGGUCCCGGCGGAUCCACGCCGCGUGUUGACCCCACAUCGGGCUGCCUCGUGGUGGAGGGUGUCAUCGUGGAUCACAUCAGCCGGGUGGGAGCUCGACAAUUGCAGCUGGAUCCGUCAGACAAGACAUCGGAGGGUGUCGACUACAUCAUGACAAAGGCCUUCCUCGACGAGACCCAAGAAUUUGUCGAGACAGCCGCUCAGCUCGCCACGUCAUCCAUCCAUGGCCUCCACGCCGACCAACUUGCCCAGGUGGCGAUACGGCUCUCUGACUUUGGCCUCACAGAAAAGGUGCUGCUGGAAGACAUGGCGCCCGACGCCGUGGCGACGACACUCGUCCGAGUGCGAGAGCAAGUACACCAGACCGGCCAGAUGCUGAUCAAAGCGAACAACGCGAUUCAGACCUACACUCUCGGCAACCUCCUUCAGAGUCUGAGCCAGGCACCAUGGUACUGGGCUCCUCCGAACGAGUUCGAGAUGGUCCGGUCCUGCGCCGCCACCCCCCGUCAGGCUGUCUCGACGUUGCUACGCGGUGCGCGCCUCGCGGCCAUGGAUGUGCUCGUGGCUCUCGGCGCUUCGACAGCCAUGUUCGUCGUGACACGAUGGAUCGCCUUUCGCAAACGAUUCAGGGGGUUCAAUUUCGAGGGCGUGACCUCUUCGCAGAGGGCAGGUCUGCAGCGUUUCGGUCUGGACGAGACGUUGCUGCGGAGCACUGCGAUGCGAGACUAUCGCGACCACCUAGCGAGAAACAUUGGCAACCGGGUGUACAUGACGAAGCAGGGGUUUGUGGGACUGUGUCCUUCGCAGGCUGUGGUAGGGGAUGCAGUAGCCGUCGUGCUGGGCGGCACGGUGCCGCACAUUCUCCGUGCAAAAGCAGGGGCAGCGGCUGGCAGAUGGGAGUACGUUGGUGAGGCCUAUUGUGAGGGCGUCAUGCAGGGGGAGGCCGUGAGACAGCCGGAUCAACGUGUUGGCGAAAUCCUCUUGGAGUGA